GAAGGGUCCAAUCUGAUGGGGUUGAAGAGGUCCGACAGGUUCUAUUGAUUUGGGUACCUAUGCUGUUUCAACAUGCGACGCUGAAAGUCCUGUGUGAAUGUUGGAAUAUGAGGGAUUCCCAUGUCCACAUUCAUCAAUAUGUUUUAUAUGAUUCUUUACUGAAUCCAGUCCAACUGGACAGUGGAGUUCAUGGAACACACAGCGGCCCAAUCACAAGGCUGAAACCUCACAGCUCCAGCACUCACCUAACUUAGACUGCAGGUCUCGUCCGUCCCAAAACGUGGCCAGUAGCUCCAACGACUUGAACACCAAGACGCGACAUCGUCAACGUCCCUCCUUCAAGCUCUCCUUUUCUUUUUGUACAACACUUUGAGAGCAAAAGCUGCAACUGCAGCUAAUCAAAAGCUCACCAUGUACAAUUCUCUUACUCGUAUUCAGAACACCUUUGGUUUCUUUACCACUGUCGCAUUUGUGGUCGCAGCUUUUAUCGCUGCGUCCGACCUCUUGGCUCCACGGGCGCCCGAUGCUGGCAUAUUCCAGAAGACAAACGCCCAAGUUGUGAAGGGCCGACCGCACUACUACAGCUCUAAGAAGGAGGAAUACGCCAUCAUUCGAUUCAACCUCGAUGCUGACUUGAGGAGCCUCUUUACAUGGAAUACCAAGCAGGUUUUUGUCUAUGUCACUGCCGAGUGGCCUGGCCCCAACAAUUCGACCAAUGAGGCUGUCAUCUGGGAUAAAAUUAUCACCAACCCCAGCGCCGACCAUCUCCAGAACAUUGGACCCGUUGCGAUGAAGAAGCUCAAGCGUAGCUCUGAGGGCAAGUCCAUCGACCCUGAACGUGGCUUUAUCGGUCUCAAGAAUCAGAAGCCAAAGUAUCAGAUCACCCACCCCAGUGGAAAGGUCGCCGAGACAGAUGAUGUGAAGCUUAAGCUACAUUACAACGUUCAACCGUGGGUCGGUUUUCUAACUUGGGAUCAGUCCCGGGAUAUCGGUCACUGGAGGGCUUUGAAAUGGGGAGAGUCGCCCAAGUUCCAACUUCCUGCUCUCAAGACUAAGAAGAAAGAUGCUCCCAAGAAGAGCUACUAAUGGUAGACAAAUACAUUUGUGUUCUUGAAAAUGCAUUCAUAGUGUAAUAUGGCGCCCGGGUCUUGGGCAAAGCCAUGAUUGUAACUCCUGCGGCCAUGAUCCCUCUGACAAGAUCUGUUCGCACUCGUGACUCCGUGAUACAGGUAUCUAGCUUUUAUCUAUCAUACAUUUUCACAUCCACAACUUUUAUCCCAACGUUGGCUAUGUUACAAACAAUCCAAGCAUUUCAACAUCAUGUUGUAAGACACGGCAUCAUGAACAAUCCAUCCGUCAUCGCCAGUACAAGUAUGAAUCAGAACUGCGAGGCAUCUAGCCUUGGGUUCCAUCAGCAGCAGCUCCUCCGUUGCCUCGUCCGCGGCUGGCCCCGCCUCGCCCUCUUCCACCACGUCCACGUCCACGGCCCCUGCCUCGAGGUGAGUCAAGGCUGGCUGGUGGUGGAACAUUGCCAUAUCUCUGUUCCUGCGGAGGCUCGACCCCCUGGUGCCCAUCAGGACCUGGAGAACCAUGAUGUGUACCGCGUGCGCGACCACGACCUCCUCUACCUCGAGUUCCGUGCCCAUUAGCGCCCUGGCCUUGAGUCGCGCCGUCGGGAGGGCCAUUUCGGUAAACCAAGGUGCUGUGCAUGAGGUUAGGGGCACCUCCACGAGCGCCAUUGCCUCGUCCUCGUCCAGGGGAGUUGCGUCCUGGUGAGUUGGAGCCAUUCAAGGCUCCGCGCCACCCACCGCGAAGCGGACCAGGUGCUGGAGCAUCCUUAUACUGAGUGACGCCAACAUUCGCAUAUCCACCUUGAGCGGCGAUGACUGGUCGUCGCUGUUGUGACUUGCUUGUGGUUGAGAUUACUUGUUUGUUCGUGGUAUUCAGGACCGAAGAAGAUGCCACAGUCUGUCCGCGGAACAUUGGAGCUCUCUCAUUAAGCGUGGUGCCACUCAUGAACGAUGUGUCCCAGACAACAUCUAAAAGCAGAGCGGUAGCUGUGCGGCUGAUACCAGCAACAGUUCCACGAGUCGCGAUAGGAACUUUUCCAGCGGCAGAGACGUAAGUUACCCGAUCUCCCAGGGUAAAGUUCUGGCUGCUGAGCACCAUCUCAGCAUCUGACGGCUUGAGAAGCGCUGAACGAGGAACGCCACGCAGUUUCUUGAUAUCAAUAUCUUGAGAAGCAGCAUGAAUUUGUUCUCCGACAUUAGCCAGGGCCUUGACAACCUCGGAGUCGAGUUGCUCAGCUUCUAAAGGAACACGCUCGAACUUGCUGGUCUCCUGCUUCUUGAGCCAGGCCACAAUCUCCUUAACUCUUUGCGAAGCAACACUGGGGUCAUUCCAAAGAUCUGUUUCGAGAACCUCACUCUUCUGAGGUUCCCUCUGGAUGGCAGCGAAGAAAUCGGGGAAGGCAACCAUGUAGUCAGCAAUCAACUUGAUUGCCAUGCCACUGAAUUCCCAACCCGUGUGAGACUUCCUUGAGUACCCCAAAACCUUGAGUUUUCGUCCUUCAAAUUUCAAAUUCAGUCCCAAAUUCAGUCGAAGUCCAGCAGAAUUGAUAAUUUGAUACGAAGACGUAAUCUUGCUUAGGACAAGAGGAUGGAUUCCCAACUGCUUGGCAACAGCAAAA